UUUAUAUUGAAAAUCCCCUCCGACAGAAAAGAAAAUCCUCUUCGCGCUUCGGUCUCCUGCUGCGAAUCCAAAAAUAAAGAGCCUCAUGAUUUGAUUAUCGCAUCAGUGAUCUGAUAGAAAAGCUCCAUGUUGAAGAAGAAUGUGUGGACAUUAGUGUUUUCGGUGUGAACCGGCAGUAAGGAGAAGGAGAAGAAGCAGAAGGCCGCGGCCGCUCAGGCGCCUUUAGUGAUCUGCAGCUCGGUGUCGGUUCUUGACAGUCGCUUUGUCUGGAGGAGAAACAGCAGCGUGGAACGGGUUCCUGGGUUCCUCUGUUCCUCUCGCUCUCCUUCUCUCUCUCCCCACAUCUCUGAGUGUCGGUGGGGUUUGUUUAUUUGUUUGUUUGUUUGUUUGUUUGGUCUGAAUCAUGUCUCUACACGGUAAAAGGAAAGAGAUUUAUAAAUAUGAGGCUCCGUGGACGGUGUACGCCAUGAACUGGAGCGUCCGGCCUGAUAAACGCUUUCGGCUGGCGCUGGGCAGCUUCGUGGAGGAAUAUAACAACAAGGUGCAGCUUGUGGGUCUGGAUGAGGAGAGCAGCGAGUUUGUGUGUAGGAACACGUUCGAUCACCCGUACCCCACCACCAAGAUCAUGUGGAUCCCAGACACCAAGGGCGUUUACCCGGACCUGCUGGCUACCAGCGGAGAUUACCUUCGUAUCUGGAGGGUAAACGACACUGAGACACGCCUCGAGUGCCUCCUCAACAACAACAAGAACUCGGACUUCUGUGCUCCUCUGACUUCUUUCGACUGGAACGAGGUGGAUCCCAACCUUCUGGGCACCUCUAGUAUUGACACCACCUGCACUAUCUGGGGUUUGGAGACAGGACAGGUGCUGGGGAGAGUCAACCAGGUGUCCGGACACGUCAAGACGCAGCUCAUCGCCCACGACAAAGAGGUGUACGACAUCGCGUUCAGCCGCGCAGGGGGCGGCCGCGACAUGUUCGCGUCGGUCGGAGCGGACGGCUCGGUGCGCAUGUUCGACCUGCGACACCUGGAGCACAGCACCAUCAUCUACGAGGAUCCUCAGCACCACCCACUGCUCCGCCUCUGCUGGAACAAGCAGGACCCCAACUACCUGGCUACCAUGGCGAUGGACGGCAUGGAGGUGGUCAUUCUGGAUGUGCGUGUGCCGUGCACACCUGUAGCUCGUCUCAAUAACCACCGCGCCUGUGUGAACGGCAUCGCCUGGGCCCCUCACUCCUCCUGCCACAUCUGUACUGCAGCGGACGAUCACCAGGCCCUGAUCUGGGACAUCCAGCAGAUGCCACGCGCCAUCGAGGACCCAAUCCUGGCCUACACGGCCGAGGGCGAGAUCAACAACGUGCAGUGGGCGUCCACUCAACCCGACUGGAUCGCCAUCUGUUACAACAACUGCCUGGAGAUCCUGCGUGUUUAACAGCGCCGCCGAGGUCGCCGCUGCUGCUGCCCCAAGCUCUCCCACCACCACCACCACCACCACGGAGAGCCGGGCCAGUCCCAGCGAGAGCCACGACAACGGAGCCGCCGCAGGAGCCAGACCUCGAGUGGGCGCGGGAGCCGGGGUCUGGUUUCUGUGUUGCUGCAAAGGAGUGGAGAUGGCAGGAGGACUCGGCUAACGGACAGGAUUAUGGGAUUGUGUACGUAUGUGUGUGAGUGAAUGUGUUUAUAGGUGCAUAAUUGAGCGUGUGCGUGUGUGUGUGUGUGUGUGUGUGUGUGUGUGUGUGUGGUUUCAUUUGUACAUCAUGAAGUGUUGAUCAGUACGUGUUCGAGCCACUCGGACCCUCAGUUUGGAGUGAAGUUGUUCUGCCACGGUGUUUCUAAGUCGUUCUGCGUUCACAGACCAGAGCGGGGUUUUCUUUGUCUUGUUUUUCAUUUCUUUCUUCUUUUUUUUUUUUUUUGUUUUUUAAAUGCGAUGUUGCUUAGUGUAACGCAUCCCGCAUUUCAAGUAGAAAACUAGUUACCGAGCAGCAGCACUGAUCUGUAAUUAGCUUAUAAUAAAACGCAAAAGGAAAAAAAAAGACACAAAGGUGCCAUGUUUGUGUUAGAAGUUUUCCGACCAUGCGUUCGCGCAUCAUGACCGUAAGGAAUAGUGUUUUUGUUUUGUUUUGUUUUGUUUUUUACCAAUACGGUGCUGAUGCUUUUCCUCAAAACGUUCCCCAAACAUGUUUCAGUUUCUCAAAAACCCUUCACUUUGUUCACAGCCAUCAGGGAAGGGAGUAGCUUGUUUCGCUUGGUUGCCAUAGCAACACGAUCAUGACAUCACUAAACUGGAGCACUAGGAAAGUAGAUUUUUUUUCUUUCAUACGAAUGUGUGUUACAAAAUAAACAAAAUUAAAACUA